GACACUUUUGACAGGUGUCAGAUAUAAGUUUUGUUAUUGUAAAAUCUGCGAAUUUUGUUAGUAUUUUCUUCAAUUUCUCUAUUUAAUGAAUCUUUUACAAGGAAAAUAAGCUACGGUGCUGUACUGUACAUCAAGAUGGACAAGUACGAUACAUCCCAGCUCACAGAGUUCCCGCGCUUCGAGUCCGAAUCGUCACAAAGUGGAGUUUCAACUUUCUUCAACAAAAUCUGGAAGCUGCCUCUGUUUUCGCCCAGUGAAAGCAGUGAGAAUCUUCAAACUAAGGCCCAGGGUGAGGGCAAGGGGCAAAGCCAGCCGGCGGAUGAUCAGAAUAGCCAAGAAUAUGAGGAAAAGACCGAGACUGGAACUUACGCGGUUGAGUUUGAAGGGCGGAGUUUGCCUAAUGUUUUGAAGAGAAUCAGCAGCCUGGUGGCACUAGGGUCAGGGGGUGGCACCCGCUAUGCGGACACCGAGUUGGCUCGCUACUGGAUGCCGGACGACAUCUCCCGCGAGUGCUACGAGUGUGCAGCGAGGUUCUCCACUCUGCGUCGCCGCCACCACUGCCGAGUCUGCGGACAGAUCUUCUGCUCCCGCUGCUGUAGCCAGAGAGUGCCUGGUCAAAUAUUUGGUUGUGCGGGUGGGCUGCGGGUCUGCACAUACUGCUGCAACAUCGUGCUCAGCUACCUGCGCGAGAACGACAUGUGUGGAGACUCACCUGAUCUUAGGACUCUGCAAGAAAAUCUGCAGGGAAAGUUCCAAGACAACAAGUCCACCAGCCAGACCAACACUCGAGACAACUUCAUGUUCGCUACGGACCAGGAGGAUCGCUGCGAGUCACGCACCUCCUCGAAGGAGGCGCUACAGGAUGUGUUCAAGCAGCUGGUGUUCACGCUGCCCACUCAGCAACACAGAUACCGUUUAGUGAGAUACAACGGAGUAUGGCGGGGCUGCGACGUAUUGCAAUGGGUCAUGGAUAACACUAAGAACAAAACCAGGGUGCAGGCGACAGCGGUGUGCCAGCAGCUGCUGACAGCCGGCUACAUGGAGUGCAGCACGGAGCUGCCGCACUUCGCCGACUACGCGCUGUACAAGCCGAGCCCGCCCGCCGACUACCCUAGUGAAGGUGUGACUACCGUGACUACCUACUCCCCACCAGGGUGCAGGCGACAGCGGUGUGCCAGCAGCUGCUGACAGCCGGCUACAUGGAGUGCAGCACGGAGCUGCCGCACUUCGCCGACUACGCGCUGUACAAGCCGAGCCCGCCCGCCGACUACCCUAGUGAAGGUGUGACUACCGUGACUACCUACUCCCCACCAGGGUGCAGGCGACAGCGGUGUGCCAGCAGCUGCUGACAGCCGGCUACAUGGAGUGCAGCACGGAGCUGCCGCACUUCGCCGACUACGCGCUGUACAAGCCGAGCCCGCCCGCCGACUACCCUAGUGAAGGUGUGACUACCGUGACUACCUACUCCCCACCAGGGUGCAGGCGACAGCGGUGUGCCAGCAGCUGCUGACAGCCGGCUACAUGGAGUGCAGCACGGAGCUGCCGCACUUCGCCGACUACGCGCUGUACAAGCCGAGCCCUCCC